AUGACUACAAUGAAAAAGAGAAUAAGCCGGCAUACAAGAAGUUCAUCUGAAGCUAUUGGUGAAGUGUUUACACGGGCAUCAAAGGCUUAUGAGAUGAGUAUUAAUGAGCUUACAAUUACCCAGAAGGAACUCCAUGAUCUACGGGCUGCAUAUGAGAAGGAGAAGCAAAAACGUCAAAAAUCUAAAAAACAAAUAUCCCAUGAUCAAGGAAUUACCAGAGAGGAAGCUCAGGCACUUUUACAAGGUCAGGUUGAGGCAUCUCAAGCUGUUACCACUGCUCCGGCCGAGCCUGAGCUCCCAGUCUCUCAUCCACCAAAAUUGAGAUUUGAAUUCAAUAUUGCGUACGCGUUCGGAGAGAAACUGUCGGCUCGCUUACAUUGUCGCUUCGCUUACCGAUUAUCUUACACCAUGCCAGCAGGACAACCAUUAAGUGAUAUUGACCAAUACCAACAAGAAAUAUCUACUGUUCAUCCUAACACAAUUCGACGGCGUCUCAAACAAUGGGGUAUUCUUUAG